AUGGGCACGCGCGUAUACGUCGGCGGCCUCCCCCGUGACGCCACAUCGCGUGAGAUCCAGGACGGCUUUAACCGCUACGGCCACGUGUCGAACAUUUGGGUGGCGCGCAACCCGCCGGGCUUCGCUUUUGUGGAUUUUGAAGACCCGCGGGACGCUGACGAUGCCAUUCGCUCGAUGGACGGCCGUGACUUCUUGGGAGGACGCAUCCGUGUCGAACUCGCUCGCGGCGGCAGUCGUCGUGAUGGCGGCGGUGGCCGUGACGGAGGCCGUCGUGGGGACGAUGACCGCGGUGGCCACGGUCGUGGUGGCGACCGUUUUGAACGUGGUCGCAACCCGCCUCAGCGCACUGACUUCCGCGUACGCGUAACGGAUCUGCCACGUGACGUCGAUUGGCGAAAUGUCAAGGACUUUCUUCGCACGGGUGGUGAGGUGACUUACUGCAACGUAGAGGCGGAUGGCUCAGCCGUCGCUGAGUUCCAGACGAAAGAAGACAUGGACGACGCUAUCAAGAAGCUCGACGACACAGAGUUCCGUGGCAGCUACGUGCGUGUUGCCCCUGAGGGAGACUCAGCGCGUCGCUCGCGCUCUCGUUCUCCAGCACGUGGCCGCUCGCCUGGCCAUCGCUCGCGUUCGCGCUCGCCGGCUGCGGCGAAGGACUCGCCGCGCCGCUCCCGCUCCAGAUCGGCGUCGCCUGCUGCUGCCAAUUCGCCUGCUAACAAGAACUUGGCUUGA